AUGAGCGGGACAUCCGAGAGUGAACAAGAGUCCAUAGUUACAGGGGGUGAGGAUCUCGGGGGGAACCAGACAAACCUCCCUGCCCCACAACCACGGACAAGUUUACCCGUAAGAUUUUCAGACCCAAACAAUUCCGAUUCCGAACGUAUUGUAGACGAGGUCGAACCUGACAAUUUAUUUGUGAGGACCGGCACAUCCGUUAUAGAAAUUACAAACCUCAUACAAAACGUUUCUAAAACGUUAGAGGAAACAGACCAAGUCGUCGGUAGAGCACAGAACAUUCUUGAUCAGACCUUUUACGAAAACAAUAUGGACGCAGAGACUCAGUUACAAUUGCUCAAUGUGAUGCCAUUAGAACCACAGAUAUCGGAAGGAACCGUCAGACCAAAUACGUCUAACGAAGACCAUUUUCAAGGGGGCAGUCGGAACAUUACAGUAGAAGACAGUCUGGGAUCCGAAGCCAUCAGCUUGGAGGCAGCUUUAAGGUUACUCCCAAGCUCGUUUAAUGGGGAAAACCAGGAGGAGAUGGAAAUCUUCCUGGAAAAGUGUGAAUUCGCUUUAGCAUGCACUAAUAGAAAGGUGCAAACUCGACUCCUCCAGGGGAUCACCGUGCGACUCACCGGGAAGGCCCUAAAAACUGCCGUAAUAAAAUUUCCAUCAUCUUUUUAA